UGGUAAAAUUGCACCACCUGGUGGACGUUUAUAGGAACUGGCAAAACACCUGACAUUUUUGAUGACGUCACGUUUCCUUAUUAUACCAAAGUCUGUAUAUUUGUCAACAUAUUAUAACUAUACACAGCCGCGGUGUGCUGUGCUUAGUAAAAAUCCUUAUCUUUAUAUAUACAUAUAUAUUCCAUAUAAACCAUAAAUAAAUAGCCUAUAAUAGUACAACUUAACGCUGCCUAUUUUUAAGUAUAUUUGUUUAGUUUUUUAUUUAUUAAAAAAAAAUACUAUGUUUAUCAAGGAGGAAAAAUAUGUCGACAGAGUUCAUGGACUGGGCUCAUAAAAGCCUCUAUGGGGGCGGAGCUUGUAGCCUGUGCGGGUCGCUUUGCGUUUUGCGUGUUUUGCUUGCUCUGCCGCGGGGUCACAGAGGGAACACGCGAGAAACGAGUCCUCUGCUUGAGGAAGUGACAUGAUAACAUAACGUCUCGGAAAGCGCCCGAAUCUUCCUGGUGAGGGCCGACCGAUCGGUCAGGAUGCCGCCGCAGCGAGUCUCCGCUCUGCCGAGGCAGCAGUCUCUGCUCCUGCCUGCUGUCAUCAACCCGUUCGUGCAGGACACGAACCUGUCCGGAGCCGCUGUCCUCAAAUGUGUCCUUUUAGGAACCUUCCUGGUCCCUGUGCGAGCCAUCCUCAUCUCUCUUGUCCUGAUGGUGACUUGGCCAAUAUCGUUUAUGAUAACCUUCAGGCAUCCUCUGAAAGGAGCUGUGGAGCCAAUGACAGGCUGGAGACGGUUUAUGUGUCGAAGGAUCAUGGCUGCCCUGGGGAGGGCUUACUACUUUUGCAUGGGCUUCAGAGUGGUGGUCAAGGGCAAGCAGGUCAGCAGCAGUGAGGCCCCUAUCCUGGCCGUGGCCCCCCACUCCACCUUUUUUGACGGGAUUGUGUGCAUAGUAUCCGGCCUGCCCUCCACUGUGUCACGUGUCGAGAACCUGGCCACGCCCAUAUUUGGCAGGUUUGUGCGCUGUCUGCAGCCCGUGUUGGUGUCCAGGAAGGAUCCAGACUCCAGAAAGAACACGAUUCACGAGAUUGAAAGCAGAGCCAAGUCAGGAGGCCGCUGGCCGCAGGUUUUGAUUUUUCCAGAGGGAACUUGUACAAACCGCUCAUGUCUUAUCACUUUUAAGCAAGGGGCUUUUAUCCCGGGGGUCCCAGUGCAGCCUGUGCUCAUUCGCUAUCCCAAUAACAUGGAUACUGUGACAUGGACUUGGCAAGGUUUCAGCUCGAAGACUUUGCUGCUUCUUACUCUGUGCCAACUCUACACAACUGUAGAGAUCGAGUUUCUGCCUCCACACAUCCCCACAGAGGAGGAGAAGAAAAGCCCGGCUCUGUUUGCCAGUAGAGUCAGAGAAACCAUGGCUCAGGCUUUGAGAAUUCCCGUGACCGACCACACGUAUGAAGACUGCCGCCUGAUGAUCUCAGCUGGUGAACUCACUCUCCCAAUGGAGGCCGGCCUGGUGGAGUUCACCAAAAUCAGCCGCAAACUCAAUCUGAAGUGGGACAGUGUGAAGAGGGAGCUGGAGAGCUUUGCAUCCAUUGCCAGGUCUUGUAAGGGAGGACGCAUAUCUCUUGACGAGUUUGCCAGAUUCCUAAAGCUUCCUGUUAGCCCAGCCUUGGAGGAGCUGUUUGCACUGUUUGACAGGAAUGGAGAUGGAACCAUCGACUUCAGGGAGUACGUCAUCGGUCUGACCAUUCUCUGUCGACCAGCUAACACCGAAGAUGUUCUCAGGAUGGCUUUUAAGCUGUUUGACAUGGACGAGGACGAGAAAAUCACUCCUGAUGAGUUCACGGCGCUGCUGCGCUCGGCUCUGGGUGUGUCGGAUCUGAAUGUUAACACACUCUUCAAGGAUAUUGAUGCAGAUGGUUCUGGUUUCAUCACCUUCAAUGAGUUCCAAGCCUUUGCCAGGACUCAUCCAGAGUACGCCAAGCUUUUCACCACCUACCUGGAGCUCCAGAGGUACCAGGCGAUCCAGGAGGCAGGUUCGGGUGAUUUGGAGUUUGCUGGUGAGACAACGUCAGAAGAAACGAGUGAAGAGAGCACCUCAGACAAGAAGGAGGACUGAAACUGAAGACAAUCAUGACAUUUUCUUAGGAAAACCAAAAAAUUUAAAAAAGACAAAAAACACGUUUGUUUAUAAAAACUUCUGAAUUCCAUUUUAGUGCCUUAAAACAAUAAGAUAAAUAAGAGCUUAUCCAUUGCAUACAUUCUUCCGAUCGUUAGUCGACAGUACAAAGUACACGUUUUCUAUCCUACCCUGUCUUAAGUCUCACUCCAAUUAUCUUUUGAUUACAUUUAGAAGCAUUUCCAGAGGUCUUUUAAUCACGAUGAUGCCGUUUUUUUGCCUAAAUUUAAAAAAAAUAAUUUUCUAGAACAUAUUUUCUGCAGAGCAACACUUAAUUUGCAUUCACACUGAACGCGGCAGGCGCAUCAGAUUCUCGUCUGCCGCCUCUGAAAUUUACUGUUCAACGAAAUUGUUCUGGAAUUCAGUCGUUGCCACAUCAUAGAAAACAUGGAUGAUGUUGAGAGAGUAGCUUGGGUUUAUACGUUUUGGAGAGAGGCGCUGACAAGAACGUCACUGUGUUUCUUCUUUAAGAUUGUUUUUCUUACAAGACAGAAACUAAGAUAGUUUUCCUAAAAAACUAAUAUUUUUACUUUCUUAAGAUCAGUUUUUGCAGUGAAUUGUGGGUGAUACCGUUGGCACCCCCCCUUUACCGUUUCUGAGAGCGCUCCGUUUCCCCCUCAACCUUACAUUACCAUUUUAACAAAAACAGUAAGAAUUAUCUGAGCUUUCCAGUUUUGGAGCGGAACAUCAUAAAUUUGAUCUUUUUCAAAUUGCAUUUUUUUUGUCUGCUCCUGAUUUAUGAUUAUUUAAAUAAAUAAAUAUUCAGAAAUGUAAUUUUAAGCUUAAUUAGCAUUAUAUAUGUCCUCCAUCAUGAGAAAAUGCUACAAGAACAGUCAAAAACACCCAAAAAGUUGUGUGUUUAAGCAGAGGAACACAGAAAACGUGCAGAAUAGUUUGUCCUAUAUACAGGGGUUAGAAAACACUGAGCUAAUAUAAGUUUUUCUUUUUUUUAGAAUAUAAUGUUUAUAGGAAAAGUAAUCAUUUUUAAUACGAGUGUAAACUGCAAAUAUUAGCUUCAGACACUUGAGCUUAACAAUGCUGUGUUUGUAUCCACAUCAUCUACUUGACUGAAAUGAACACAUCCCUGUUUACUUUUAUUUAUCCAUUUUUAAAAAAAGAGAAAUUGCCAAACCAACACAUUUUUACAUUAAAAUAAAUCUCUGUGCUUCUGUUUUGCAAUAUAAUUAGCGUUCAGCAAGAUGUUUCCAGAGCAGCGACCCACAGACACACUCUGUGUCGGAGAAAUGUUUACAACAAGCAUAGCUGCUGCGCAUUACACUUUUUUUAGGCCGCUUAGGGACACAGGCCUUGUAAAAACAGCUUCAUAAUUAGCCAAAAGUUUGCUUUGCAUGUGUAUCCAUUUGCAUUUCUACAAAAGGUUGUUGUUGCUGAGACAGCAUCGCUGCUUCUUUGCGGCUUUAGGUUUACUAAAGCAAAUCAACCAUUGAAAAUAGGGCAAUUUGUGAGCAAAAAGGCAACAGUGCUUCUCUACAGGAGUGUGUCCCAGGGAGAUAUACUUUGAGAUUAACAAGCGGCAUUGUUAUUUAUUUAGCAGGGUGUGUGGCAAUUAGCUGUGUUUUUUUCUUUUCUUGUUAUUACUGCAAUGUCUGCUUUUUAAAAUAAAUCAAGAAUGCAACACUC